UAUAUGACUGUAAGUCAUUCCCUUCAAAUGCUAUUGAAGUUAGAAUCGUAUUUAACAAUGUCGUAUGUAACUUUAGAGACGGUCCCUUAAUUUCCGCACAACCGCGAAUAUCGAACAUCCAGCAUCAAGCCAACUUUAUUCCAGUUGAUACAACACGCUUAGGAGUGUGAGGACGAGUGUGUUUGAGGUCACGGUUUGUGUUUAGUAAACGCUUCUCAAAAUGAGGGAAAUCGUUCACAUGCAAGCUGGUCAGUGUGGGAAUCAAAUCGGUGCAAAAUUUUGGGAGGUGAUCAGUGAUGAACACGGAAUCGACCCGACCGGUACCUACUACGGUGACAGCGACCUGCAGCUGGAGCGGAUUAACGUGUAUUACAACGAAGCCACUGGUGGAAAGUAUGUUCCCCGGGCUGUACUGGUGGACUUGGAGCCAGGGACCAUGGACUCUGUAAGAUCUGGUCCUUUUGGACAAGUGUUCAGACCAGACAACUUCGUGUUUGGUCAGAGUGGGGCUGGAAACAACUGGGCCAAAGGCCAUUAUACUGAAGGUGCUGAGCUGGUGGACUCGGUGCUGGAUGUUGUGCGUAAGGAGGCUGAGAGCUGUGACUGCCUACAGGGCUUCCAGCUCACUCACUCCUUGGGUGGGGGCACCGGGUCGGGCAUGGGCACGCUGCUCAUCAGCAAGAUCCGUGAGGAAUAUCCCGACCGCAUCAUGAACACGUUCAGUGUUGUGCCAUCUCCUAAAGUCUCAGACACUGUGGUAGAGCCCUACAAUGCCACUCUGUCUGUGCACCAACUGGUGGAGAAUACUGAUGAGACGUACUGCAUUGACAAUGAAGCACUUUAUGACAUCUGUUUCCGCACUUUAAAGCUCACAACUCCCACUUAUGGCGAUCUCAACCAUCUUGUUUCUGCCACCAUGAGUGGUGUAACCACCUGCCUCCGUUUUCCUGGGCAGCUCAAUGCUGAUCUGCGAAAACUGGCUGUCAAUAUGGUGCCCUUCCCCCGUCUGCACUUUUUCAUACCUGGUUUUGCCCCACUCACCAGCAGGGGGAGCCAGCAGUACCGUGCGCUCACCGUGCCUGAACUAACACAACAGAUGUUUGAUGCCAAGAAUAUGAUGGCGGCGUGUGAUCCACGCCAUGGCCGCUACCUGACUGUGGCUGCUAUCUUCCGGGGCCGCAUGUCUAUGAAAGAGGUGGAUGAGCAGAUGCUCAAUGUGCAAAACAAAAACAGCAGCUAUUUUGUGGAAUGGAUCCCCAACAAUGUCAAAACAGCUGUAUGUGACAUCCCACCAAGAGGGCUUAAGAUGGCUGCCACCUUCAUUGGCAACAGCACAGCCAUCCAGGAGAUGUUCAAGCGCAUCUCGGAGCAGUUCACAGCCAUGUUCAGGAGAAAGGCCUUCCUGCAUUGGUACACAGGAGAAGGAAUGGAUGAGAUGGAGUUCACUGAGGCAGAGAGCAACAUGAAUGACCUUGUGUCUGAGUACCAGCAGUACCAGGAUGCCACAGCUGAAGAGGAGGGCGAGUUUGAUGAAGAGGAAGAGGAAUUGGCAUAAAGAUGUGUUAAUCUUUCAUAUGUUCAUAUUUUCACAAUUUCUAUGUCUUUCUGUUCCUUGAAAUCAAUGUAAAGUUCAGUUAAUAACUCCACCUUUGUACUUUCAAACUUUCUAAUAAAUGUUUAACUUGGGCA